AUGACCUUAAUAUCGAAAUUCUUUAUUCUUCCUCCUCAUUCAAAAAUAUAGGUGAAAUUGGAUUUUUGGAAGUACAAUUAUUCAAUAAUAUAAUAGGAUUUCGAAUUGGGCAAAUAAUGAAACAAUUUAUAUAUAUUUGGAUAGUCAUAAAGCUAUUGAAUAACAAGUAGGUUUACUACCAACAGGAUUAAAUAUUUGUGGAGGAAACGAUUAUAUUUUAUCUAUAGAUGAAUCAUUUUCUCAUAAUUUUGAAAACUUAUAAAUAAUAAUUGCAGCAAAUAUUGCAAUAUAGGGAACAAUAUAGGUAUAUAUUGUAAUAAAUGAAGGGUUUUUGGGGAAUUAAGAAUUUCAGACUUUUCAUACAAACCUGUCCUGCUGGCUGUUUAAUAUGUUAAGAAGGUGAUUAAAGAUUUGAUUGUCUAAAAUGGACAUUAUAUACAUCUUCUUUGACAGAAACUAAUAUUGAACUAUUUAAUUAUGAAGGUUGGAUCGUUUAAAAUGGACAGUAAUAAAAAACAUCAAAUUGUUAAAGUAAAUAAAAAUAUCAUAUUCUAAUAUUAGUGCUUCCUAUGCUUUGUGGACCAACUCUUUGUGGAAUGAAUACUAUUAUUAAAUAUGAUUAUAUUCUUCCUCCUCAUUUUAAAUUAAGAAUUAGAUUUCGUUAAUACUUUAUUGAUAGUUGGGACUUAGAGCAUGCUUAUGUAAUAGUUAAUGAUUAAAUAAUCAUUGAUAAAUCAUUCUAAUUCUAAUCAAGUUUAAGAAAUUACAGUCUUUGUGGAUAAAGCAGAUUUAAUGAUCUUUCUGAUACCUUAGACUUUGAAGUGAGUCAUACAUAGGAAUUAAUUACAUUUCAAUUAACUAAUAGUUUAGAUUAACUUUUUGAUGAUGAAUCUUUUGGAAUUAGAGAUUUUAGAAUUUAUUUAUGUAAAUUACUUAAAAAUAAUUUAGAUUGUCAAUUUGGUUAAUUUCCAAGUUAAUAAUGUUCUUAGUUUUGUGGAGACAAUAUUGUGUAAGAAACUGAAGAAUGUGAUGAUGGUAACUCAAUACCUUUUGAUGGUUGUCAUAAUUGUUAAUAUAAUUGUGUAUAAGGUUGUUCUAAUUGUAUUAAGGGAAUAUGUUUAAACUGUUAUGAAGAAUGGGAUUAUGAAUUAAUAUCAUAAUAAUGCAAAUGGAUAGGUGUACAAUCAUAAUAAAAUUAAAACUAUUCAUGCUACAAUAAUGGAAAUUGUAUAAAUUAAUAAGAAGAAUAACAACAAUUAUAUUAUUAAGUAUGUUCCUUAAAUUGUAAAUUAUGUUAUUAAGAUAUUUGUUUGGAGUGUUAAGUAGGUUAUAAUUUAUUGGGUGGAUAAUGUUAAGAAAUAUGUGGUUUAUCAGCAAUUUCUAUGUUUAUAUAUCCAAAUUGUUAAUGCGAUUAAAAUUGUUUAUUAUGUAAUUUUGGAAUGUGUCAAUAAUGUAUAGAUACAUAUACAUUGUUUGAUGAUAAAUGUUUAGUAAUAUGUGGAGAUGGAUUAGUUACAAAUGGAAUAGAGGAAUGUGAUGAUAAAAAUGAAAUUCCUUAUGAUGGAUGUUUUUAGUGUAUUUACUAAUGUUCUGAAUAGUGUAGUAUUUGUGAAUAAGGAGUUUGUAAAGAUAUUUGUAAAAAUGGUAUGCCUAAAAUUGAUGGUUAAUGCUAAUCAUUUUGUGGUAAUUAGAUUAUUGAAGAAAAUGAAUAAUGUGAUGAUAACAAUUCUAUUCAAUAUGAUGGUUGUUAUUUAUGUUAAUUUUCAUGUCCUUUGUAUUGUUCUAAUUGUGAUGAAGGAAAAUGUUAUGAAUGUAAUUAAAAUUAUCAUUAUGAUUAAUCCUCAUUAUCUUGUUAUUCUAUAUGCGGUGAUGGCAUUUUAACAUCUGAAACUGAAUAAUGUGAUGAUAAUAAUAUUUUCUCAGGGGAUGGAUGCUCAAGUACAUGCUAAGUAGAAUAAGAUUGGAUAUGCAUUUAUCAUGAAGAUUGUAUUUACUAAAAAUAUCCAGAAUUACAGAUUAAUUAUUUAUUCUAAAAAAAUUAAUACCAAUAUGUAUAAAUUGA